UCCCCGUCCCCUUGGCGGCGCGGCGCAGAACCGCAGGCGCUCGCCCGGCUAAGCCUGUGCGGGGCCGCCUAGGUAGCUGCCAGAUCCGCAGGCGGCCUCCUGGUGCAGACCGCUGCGCACACGGCCCUAGGCAAAGACAAGGGCUCACCCGAGGCUCGGCGGCCGGCGCGGCUCUCGGAAUAUGGCAACCUGUGCAUGGCUUGUCCUGGGAGGAGCUGACUUCAGUCAUCGUGAUGCCUAAGAAUCAAGUGUGACGUUUCUCCAGGUACUUCAUGGUGUUCUCCUCCAUCCUCUCCACACCACUGCUCUACGUGGCUGCUGAAACAUGGGGGAAAACGAGGACGAGAAGCAGGCCCAGGCCGGGCAGGUUUUCGAGAACUUUGUCCAGGCUUCCACGUGCAAAGGCACCCUCCAGGCCUUCAGCAUCCUCACACGGCACCUGGACCUAGACCCUCUGGACCACAGAAACUUUUAUUCCAAGCUCAAGUCCAAGGUGACCACCUGGAAGGCCAAGGCCCUGUGGUACAAACUGGACAAGCGUGGGUCCCACAAAGAGUAUAAGCGAGGGAAGUCUUGUAUGAACACCAAGUGUCUCAUCAUUGGGGGAGGACCGUGUGGUUUGCGCACUGCCAUUGAACUUGCCUACCUGGGGGCCAAAGUGGUCGUGGUGGAGAAGAGGGACACCUUCUCCCGGAACAACGUGCUGCACCUCUGGCCUUUCACCAUCCAUGACCUGCGAGGCCUGGGAGCCAAGAAGUUCUAUGGGAAGUUCUGUGCCGGCUCCAUCGACCAUAUCAGUAUUCGUCAGUUGCAGCUCAUCCUGUUCAAGGUGGCCUUGAUAUUGGGGGUUGAAAUCCAUGUGAAUGUGGAGUUCGUGAAGGUUCUAGAGCCUCCUGAAGAUCAAGAAAAUCAAAAAAUUGGCUGGCGGGCAGAAUUUCUCCCUGCAGACCACUCUCUGUCAGAGUUUGAGUUUGAUGUCAUCAUUGGAGCCGAUGGCCGCAGGAACACGCUGGAAGGGUUCAGAAGAAAAGAAUUCCGUGGGAAGCUGGCUAUUGCGAUCACCGCCAACUUCAUAAACAGAAACAGCACAGCUGAGGCCAAGGUGGAAGAGAUUAGCGGCGUGGCUUUCAUCUUCAAUCAGAAAUUUUUUCAGGAUCUUAAAGAAGAAACAGGGAUUGACCUUGAGAACAUUGUUUACUACAAGGACUGCACCCACUAUUUUGUCAUGACUGCCAAGAAGCAGAGCUUGCUUGACAAAGGUGUCAUCAUUAACGACUAUAUCGACACAGAGAUGCUGCUGUGUGCAGAGAACGUGAACCAGGACAACCUGCUUUCCUAUGCACGCGAAGCUGCAGACUUCGCCACCAAUUACCAGCUGCCGUCUUUAGACUUUGCCAUGAACCAUUACGGACAACCCGACGUGGCCAUGUUCGAUUUCACCUCUAUGUACGCCUCCGAGAAUGCAGCCCUGGUGCGCGAGCGACAGUCACACCAGCUGCUCGUGGCCCUGGUGGGCGACAGCUUGCUUGAGCCGUUCUGGCCGAUGGGCACCGGCUGUGCCCGCGGCUUCCUGGCAGCCUUUGACACGGCGUGGAUGGUGAAGAGCUGGGACCAGGGCACUCCUCACCUGGAGCUGCUGGCUGAAAGAGAAAGUCUUUACCGGCUGUUACCUCAAACGACCCCAGAGAACAUCAACAAGAACUUUGAGCAGUACACGCUGGACCCGGGGACGCGGUACCCAAACCUCAACUCAAACUGCGUCAGGCCCCAUCAGGUGAAGCAUUUGUACAUCACUAAAGAGUUGCACCAGAGCCCUCUCGAGAGGCUGGGCUCAGUGAGGAGAUCCGUCGGCCUCUCCAGGCGGGAGUCAGACAUCCGGCCCAGCAAGCUCUUAACCUGGUGCCAGCAGCAGACCAAGGGCUACCAGCAUGUCAACGUCACAGACCUGACCACAUCCUGGCGGAGUGGCCUGGCCCUGUGUGCCAUCAUCCACCGCUUCCGGCCUGAGCUGAUCAACUUCGACUCUUUGAAUGAAGAUGACACUGUGGAGAACAACCAGCUGGCAUUUGACGUGGCCGAGCGUGAGUUUGGCAUCCCCCCAGUGACCACGGGCAAAGAGAUGGCCUCAGCCCCGCAGCCCGACAAGCUCAGCAUGGUCAUGUACCUCUCCAAGUUCUAUGAGCUCUUCCGGGGCACCCCGCUGAGGCCUGUGGAUUCUUGGCGCAAAAACUACGGAGAGAAUGCUGACCUCGGCAUGGCCAAAUCAUCCAUUUCUCAUAACUAUCUCAACCUCACGUUUCCAAGGAAGAGAACUCCACGAGUGGACAGCCGAACCGAAGAGAAUGACAUGAGCAAGCGGAGGCGGAAAGGCUUCAACAACCUGGACGAGCCUUCAGCCUUUCCUAGCCAGAGCUUGGGCUCCAAUCAAGAGGGCUGUAAAGAAGGUGGAAAUCAGAACAAAGUCAAGUCCAUGGCAAGUCAGCUGCUGGCCAAGUUCGAGGAGAACUCUCGGAACCCCUCACUCCUGAGGCAGGAGCACCGUGUCUCAGGGAUAGGUAAGCCCAUACUGCGCUCUUCCUCUGACUCUCCUGUUAACUCUCGCCGUCCCAAGCCAGAGGAGCCCACACCCAGCCCAUCACCAACUCUGAAAAGGCAGUUCCCCUUGGUGGUUGUGACGGGGCAUGUGCUCCGAGAGCUAAAGCAAGUGUCUGCUGGCGGCGAGUGCCCGAGCAGGCCCUGGAGAGCCCGAGCCAAGUCUGACCUGCAGCUGGGCGGGCCAGAAAAUCCCGCCAGCCUGCCUGCCACCUGCCAGGGAGCGCUGGCCCUCUCCGGGGUGCUGCGGCGGCUGCAGCAAGUGGAAGAAAAGGUUCUCCAGAAAAGGGCUGAGAAUUUGGCCAACAGGGAAUUUCACAAAAAGAACAUUAAGGAGAAGGCGGCUCACCUUGCCUCUAUGUUUGGACACGGGGAUUUCCCGCAGAAUAAACUACUCUCUAAAAGCCUGUCUCACACUCAUCCUCCGUCUUCUCCCUCCUGCCUUCCAUCUCCUGAUUCAGCUGCUACUGCCUCUCCAUCGACUGUUGACUCUGUUUCUCCAGCCAGAAAGGGGAGACUGCAGUAUUCCCAGGCUGGCCUUUCAGAGCUGCUGACAGUAGGGAAAGUGUCCAGCGGAAUAGGGGCUGCAGCUGAAGUUCUGGUCAAUCUGUACAUGAAUGAUCACAGACCUAAGACUCAGGCCAUCUCUCCAGACCUGGAGUCCAUACGGAAGGCGUUUCCCCUGAACCUGGGUGGCAGCGACACCUGUUAUUUCUGCAAGAAGCGCGUGUACGUGAUGGAGAGGCUGAGUGCGGAGGGCCACUUCUUUCACCGGGAGUGUUUCCGCUGCAGCGUCUGUGCCACCACCUUGCGCCUGGCCGCCUAUGCCUUCGACAGUGACGAAGGCAAGUUUUUCUGCAAGCCUCAUUUCAUUCACUGUAAAACCAACAGUCAGCAACGGAAGAGACGGGCAGAGUUGAAGCAACAAAGAGAAGAGGAGGGGAUGUGGAAAGAGCAAGAAGCCUCUAGGCGAGACCCUCCUGCGGAAAGUUCUUGCGCUGCCGCCGCCAUCGGCACACCGGAAGGCAGCCCCCCAGAUGAGCCAACCUCCCCCAAGAAGCCCAAGAGUGUCCCGGAGCUCGAACAUGGGGAUGUGGCUGGUGGAGCCGCCUCCCGCCUGCCCUCUGAGUGGACCUCAGUGAGGAUCAGCCCCGGGGAGGAAGUGGUUGGGCAGGACGUGCUGGCUGUGCGUGUCCUGGUCACCAGUGACAACAGCAGCUCGGACGAAGAGGCGGACUGUGGUGGCAGUGAGGCCUCCAGGGCAGAGCCCUGGGACGAAAGACCCCGGCGACUGAAGUCCCGACCCUCACCCCUCCUGAAGCCCCUUGCCCAGCACAGCUCCCUGAGGGAGGCCCUGCCCAGAGCAAUCUCUCCACGUGGCCCCGAGGAGCCUGAAGCUGUGCAUGUUCUGCAGAGGGCCAACAGCUUCCAGUUUCCAACUCCCAGCAAAUGCCAGAGCGGGAGAAGAAAAUUCCGGUCGAAUAUGACACCAGUGAACAACAAAAGACCUAUGUCGCCUCCAAAUGAAGCUUCUCCUUUGCCUUCUCUGCCAUCUUCUUCUUCAGCUGGUGUCCCGCACGCUCUGGAUAGUUCCUCCCCGCCUCCGGUGACAGUUUGCAACCCUCCUUCGUGGGUCUCGAGAGGUCAUUUCAGUCCUUCCACCCCAAUCUUUCUGCGGCAAGCCAGAACCCAAGGACCACCCAAGGAAAUCCCCCCGCAUACCCCUCAUGGCCAGGUGCUGGAGUGGACAGAAUACUGUCUGGUGAGGCCUGGUGGAGACGGCCUCGAAAGCUCGAGUCCAUCCGGCCCCGCAGAGAUGGCUUCUGAUGGGAGUCAGGAAGCAGAGGCCCCUCCUGUGGGUACCAGAAGCAUCCACAGAGGCCCACACUCCACUGGAGGGAAGGACAGGUGCUCGCCAGACCAACAGCUGUCUCCCAGGGCUGGAGAGGACCCUGGAGAAGGGAGUACCAGACCCAGGAGGAGAGAGGAGGGGAGGUCAGAGCUGGCAGAGGAGAAGAAGUCGAGCUUAAAGAAGCUGGUUCUCACUCGGGAGCAGAAGACUAGGUUGCUAGAUUGGAAUGACUCCAACCCUGAGAGCUCGCGCCUGGAAGCCAGGGUGCGACUUUCCCAGAAAAGCACCGAGAAUGGCCGAGGAGGAGGUGUGCUGAAACCAGUCCGCCCCUUGCUGCUCCCUCAGGCAGUGAGAGAGACCUUACCAGCCCAGAGAGAGGCUCAGGAGAAGAUGGGGACCCCAGCUGAACGGACUCCCAGGGAGCAAAGCGUGGCCCCGCCCAAGUCCCCGCUGCGGCUCAUAGCCAACGCCAUCCGGAGGUCCCUGGAGCCGCUCCUCCCCAAUUCCGACAGUGGGAGAAAGGCCUGGGCCAAGCCAGAGUCAAAGACUUUGCCCACCAGCCCACCCCACGCUUGCACUCGCUCAUUCAGCCUUCGGAAAAGCAGCUCCAGUAAAGACUGGGACCAGCCGUCCCCCAAGAGAGACAUAGCGAGCAGGGCCGCAGCCUUUUUCUCCCUGGGCCCCCCAGCCGCCAAGGCUGCCCAGCCGUCAGCCCCGAGCCCUCCUGACCCUGCCCUCCGCACCCACAGUUUGCCCAACCAGUCAUCCAAGACGUUUCCUGCACUUGUGUCCCCACCCUGCAGCAAGAUCGAAGAUGUCCCCACCCUCCUGGAGAAAGUGAGUUUGCAAGAGACCGUCCCAGAUGCUUCCAGGGAUCCCAAGAAAAAGACCUCACUCUUUUCCUCCCUCAGACUCAAAGACAAAUCUUUUGAGAGUUUCCUCCAAGAAUCCAGACCAAGAAAGGACCUGCAAGACCUCUUCAGCAGCCCCAAGGGGAAGGUGCCACCCAUGGGCAAUGCCCAGCCCCCAGAGAAGCUGGUGCAGCUGGUCAAGAGCACCUGUCUGGGGCAGGGGGUCCCUCCUCCUUCUCCAGAGAAAGAUGCAAGUCCCAAGCACGUCCCCGUCAGAACGCAGGUGACAGGGACUGCCUCUUCCACCUCUUCCACCACCACCUCCUCUGCAGAUGAAGAAUUCGAUCCUCAGCCUUUCUUGCGGUCAAAGGAGAGGAAGACACUAAGAAGAAGAAGGAAGCUAGAAAAAGCAACAAAACAAUUGGUUAAGCAAGAAGAAUUGAAAAGACUUCAUAAAGCUCAGGCCAUCCAGAGGCAGCUGGAAGAGGUGGAGGAGUGGCAGAGGGCUUCCGAGAUCCAGGGCGUGAGGCUAGAGAAGACGCUGAGAGGAGAAGCAGAUUCAGGCACACAGGAUGAAGCACAGCUUUUGCAGGAAUGGUUUAAGCUGGUUCUGGAGAAGAAUAAAUUAAUGCGAUAUGAGUCGGAGUUACUGAUCAUGGCCCGAGAACUAGAAUUAGAAGAUCAUCAAAGCAGACUGGAGCAGAAAUUAAGAGAAAAAAUGCUCAAGGAGGAGAGCCAGAAAGAUGAGAAUGAUCCGAAUGAGGAGCAAGAAAUACUCACCGAGAUGAUGCAAGUAAUUGAGCAAAGGGACAAACUGGUGGAUUCCUUAGAGGAACAACGCAUAAGAGAAAAGGCUGAAGACCAGCACUUUGAAAGCUUCGUAUUCUCCAGGGGCUGUCAGCUGAGCAGGACAUGAGGAAGGCCCAUGGGGAGCAAGCCGAGGACCAGAUCAGGCCAAACACCCUUCACUCACUCCUUCUUCCUUUCACAGGAUAUGUCAGACCUGGAACGUAACUUAUACCAUGCUGCAAUAUUUUUAAAAGAAUUUAAGGUUCUCUCAUAUGUACUCCAGCUGCCCAAGAUCCUUCCAGAGAUUAUAAUGAAGAAAAUACAAAGACUCUUUUGAAAUUGGCAGUGAACUUCAGUGGGUCUCUUAAAUUGGAGGUGACCGUGGCAGAUGAUCAGCACUGUUUUCCGUAGAAAGUGACACAGAGAUCGAUUUUCCUGCUGCUUUCAUCAUUUUUCUCUUCCCAAAUUCAUUGAGUUACACAUCUAAAGGUUUUUAAGAAGCUGCCUUUUCAUUAAUAUAUCCAUAUUUGCCUUUUUUUGCAUGGAUGACCGGUUUCCAAAUGUCAGAAAGAAGCAGCCGCAGUUUAAAGAUUAGGUUAAUAUUUAAAUUGUGUUUCCAGAGAAAGAGAAGAAACCUUGAGAUUACUGAUUACAUAAAGCAAAUAAUUCAUAUAGCAGGUGUUAAUUCAAUCCAGGGUGAAUUUAAUUUACCAGGUGUAGUUAUAAGCCUUAAUAUAAUAUACAUAAGCAACGAGAGUUUAAUAGAACAUUUGAGCCUUAAUUUUAUUUUUUUUAAAAAAAAGAAGGAAAAAAGGAAAUAAAACUUUGACUUCAUACCAGCAGGAUUGUUAGUUAAUACCAAAUGCUGUUGGCUUAGAAAAGCUUUUUUUUUUUUCUCCAGAGCACUCUCCUUAUUGCCGCUGGAACAUAGUGAAAAACGUUUCUAGAAAAUGAAUAAUUUUGAAGCACUUUUUUGUAACUAUUGGUAAUGGCAGAAAGCAUUAUAAAACUCUUUCAUUUGUUGAUAAAAUAUUGGUGAGGUUGAUGCUGCUACUAAAAACGAACAUUCUAGUGAUCCAGGUGAGGGAUGCUUCUCAGUGGUGGUCUUCGGUCUAAACAGAGAAACAUCUCUGACACUGUGUCCAGGGGUUGCCCAGGAAAUCCACGACAAGACAAGGCCACUUCUGCCUUCAAGGUGGAGUGGGGAACAGUGGUCCCAUUUACCAAAUCCCAAACUGGGUAAUGGAUUUUUUGAUGACAUUUUCAAUGUGAAAAGAAAGCUGGGAGAUGGAGUUUGUGCACUGACAUGAUUCCUGGGACAUUUUGACUGUUCAUAGGGGAACCAAAGAAAAGAUUUUAAAUGGUGAUUUGUUGUCAUAAAGUAUUUGAUUGUUUUUCCCUCAGUGGGAUUCUUUGAGGAGUCAGUCCAUCAUUGACAUGAGACAGACUGAAGAACUCUGUUUUAUGUUUGGCCUGUCAUUUCUGCAAGUGUUUAAAUGUAUUGUUGGACAAAUGGUGCUUCGCAACUGCCUGGAGAGCUAACUUACCUCAGUAUAAGUCAACCCAUAAACCACUUUUGUCUGAGGUGCUGUCCGCGCACUCCAAUCUGGUCAGCUGAGAAGCCGGAAAUUAGAAGUGUGCUUGGAUUUCCCGAGUCAGCCAACAUUUUGGGUGGUAUUAAAACGAAACCUUUCCAUGGAUAUACCAAGCUCCAAAGGUUGUAGUUCUUUUUCUUUCUUCUCUCCUUCCUUUUUCUUUUUCUUUUCUUUUUUCUUUUAAUAAUCAGGUCUUCUAGUGCCUGAAUUCUAUUAUUAGGAAAUAUAUACAAGCAUCUAUUUCCCUCUUUCUCUCUCUCUCUCUCUCUCUGAAAACUGUGCCACUUAGGGCUAUUUAUCUAUUUUUAUUUAUUUGUAUAUUUGGUGGAAAUGGCUAAUAUGAUUUCCUCAUUAUUCUGGUUUUCCUGUGUUAUAAUUUGGAGAAGACCUAUUAGCACUAAGCUAUUGGUGUAUAAGCUAUUUAAUAUGCAAAUAACCCAGAGGUUUGGGGCAAUAAGUUGUAUAGUAUUAAAGAUUUAUGGAGAUAGCCAAGAUAAUAUUUUCUGCCAUCAGGCAUUCAGAGGUAAGACUACAGAUGCGUAGGAAUGUUAAUUCAUUUUAAGAAAGAUACACAACUUCAGUUUUCCUUCUAGAAUGGGUAGAAUUAUUCAAGCCCAGUCACCAUUUGAUGCUUGCAUACGUUUAACAGAUGAUGCUCAAAUGUGUAGUGUCUGGGUUGUUUUUGUGCAAAAGGAUUAAUUGCCACUUAUUUUAAUUCUAUUUUGGUUUAAAAGAAAGAUUCUCCCAAGAGGGCCAAGAAAGAAGGUGGUUCUUGGCCCCAGUAUUCUGUUGAUAGAUGAGAGAAGCAAUUUGUUCACUCUCUCUUCCAGAGAUUAUGUUCUGUGGUUUAAGGCGAGUCUUAUCUGGCCAAGUUAAAACAUAAACCUCAUAUUUAACAGCCUUCUACUUACACUGGCUUUCAGUUUUCCCAGUACUUAAAAACCAUUUUAAUGAUCAUUUCCAAAAGGAUACAAAUAUUGUGGCUGUUGAACUAUGUUAAAUGAUUGCAAUAGAGAAAGUUCUAAGACCCUCAAAAGGUAAAAUAUUGUACCAUUUGAAGACAGUUUCUGUGUAUACAGUAUGGGUAGGAUAAUGAUGAAAACAGACGGAACCUUCACUUUCCCAUAAAAUAACACUUGUGAUCAAGGCUGAGCCAUUUAGGACUCUGAAUGAGACAGAAAGCCCCAGCCUCAGGUCACAUUUCAUAGUCUCACACAGCUUCUAAGUUAAACCAAAAGGCUCACAAUUAAAACUUCAGAAUUUUACGUAAGCUGGACCAAGAGGACCGUUCUUAAGCUUGCUCUCCCAAACCAUUCAUUUAUUUAUUUGUUUAAUAAACGUCUUCCAAAUACCUGUGGGAUUCAGCAGCCCUGUGCUAGAUGUAAGGAUACAGAAAGAACAUUAUUCCUCCACCCGCAAGUAAAUACAAAGAUAAACGAGUACAACUCCCAAAUAAAUAAGCAAAAAAUAAAGAACGAUUUUUAUUAUAAUCAUCAACCUAUUCUUCUCACAUUUAUCUCAAGCACAAAGACUUAUCUCCCCAACUAUUUGUAGUGCUUCUUUGGCAAUAAAAACACAAGUAAGUUCAUGUUUCUAAAACUGUGAAAAAUAAUAUCAGGUUAUACUGUUUCAUUUAAACCUGGACUUUGGCAGUGUUAGGCUGCUUGGAAUCAGUGGAUGUAGAGAUGCAGCAUAUUAAUUGCAACUGAGAAAGGAAGUGGCAGGUGUUUCCAGCUCUGAUGAGCUGCAAUGAAAUUGAUGUUUUCUGCAUUCUGGAGGCAGAUGACAAUUCAGCAAUGUCUGUCUUCCCAGGAAGCAGAUUUACAGGCUUUUCCUUCCAAACUGAAAAUGGCAGCAUGUCUCACCCAGGCAGUUGAUCAGAGAACUCCCUCAGCAGGGCAGAGGUGGCAGGGGGCAGCUGGGGCUGCCACAUGAACGGAGAGAGUGGCAGUCAUUGGAUGUAGUGAGCUCAAAUGUAGGAGUUUAUUGUAAUAAGAAGGUCCACGUACAGAGGAGUGUGUACUAUUUCACCUACUGUUUAUCUUCUAACCUCACUGCUGAGUGGCUUGUGAAAGAUUAAUUUGCUCCAACGAUUGGGAACUAUUCACGUGGAUUGAAAUGUGUUACAUGUGCACUGCUAUAAGUACUGAAAUGAACCAAAA